GCAGUGUUGACAGCAGAGCGGCACGGCACGGCGCGGCAGGCGGCCCGCCACUCGCGAUAACACGCGCUAGCAGCAGCUGCUGGGCGGAAAAGGCGGGAGAAGACUGCCGCUUCCGCGUCCGCGCAGCACAGACGACGCUGGGGCAAAAUGGACGAUAAGUUAAUAUUGGCUGUAUUUAAUUACCCGGAGCUUUACAACGUUACACUGCCGAAUUACCGCUGCACAGAAAGUCGGACAAAUGCCUGGAGAAGCAUCAGCAUGGAGCUGGGACUUCCGACCGAGGAGUGCAAAAGAAGAUGGAAGAACAUGAGAGACAGGUACCUGAAGGAGGUCCGAAUGGAGCUUAAAAGCAAGAAGCAGGGAGAAAACGUUCAAAGCAAAUGGAAAUACAGACAACUUAUGAACUUCAUUGCGCCGUUCACUGGGUCAAGAAGUGGACUGCAGGAAAUCUCUGCCAACAAUGAUGAGGACCAUGACAACCCUGAAGACUCUAGCAACGUGGAUGGAGAAACCGCUUUGUCAGAGGCAAUCAAAACACCACAGAGUGCUGUAAAGGUCCCCGCGAGUCUGCCCGACCUCAAACCACAGGUGACAUUUGUAACGCAGCUUCCUCCAGCGACUCAGGACACACAGGUGGCUCAGCUGGCUGUUCUGGCCAAGAUACCAUCACCCCCACAGGUCUCGCCUGUCACUGGCGUUACUGGACAGAAACGGAAACCGGCCCAAGAGCCGCCGUCUGCACCUUCCUCCCAAAGUACGCCCAUGCCGACAAAAUGGUUGGUCAAAGACAAUGUCCCCUCUUUUCCCACUAAGCCGCGGGACGAGGAUGAACUGUUCCUGCUGAGCUUUGUUCCCGCUCUGAAGAGACUCGCUCCACAGAAGAGGUGCGAGACGAAAAUAAAGAUCCAGCAGAUUAUGUACGAGGCAGAGUUCAACGUUACACAUUCAGCGUCUCAAGAAAAGGUGGAGACAGAAACACAACACUGAUUACAUUUAAACUUUUAAAAAAUACUUUAUUGUAUUUCUUUUAUAUAAACUUCUGCCACAGAAUUAGUAAAAGUGGUAGAUAUUGAAGAAAUUUUUUAUGUGAAGUAGUUUGUUUCCCCCUGAUUAGUGUAUUUAUUAGGCAAUAAAGACUUAGAGGCAAUGAGGUCAUUAGAUUUACACCAUAAACAGACAGUUAAUCUUUAUUUACAUAACUUUAUCAAUAGAUUUCAAACAUAUUUCGAAAAAGCUGUUUCUUAGUCAACCAGUCUUAAUUUUUACUCUGUAAUAAUUACAGUAUUUUACAUGUAAUUACAAUUGCAUACAGUAAACUGAUGAGAAUAAAUGCGUAGGUGAACACUGUUUAAUGAAUGACUCUUUCUGCUUACAUGCUUCUUUUUAAAUCUAAAAUAAAGAUUCUUGUAUUCUGAAAAA